GCUGCCACACUGGGCCUCGCCCAGAACCACCAGUCGCGUCGGCCGCGCCGUGGAAUCACGCUGCCGACGACUUCGACGACGGCGGCAAGCAACCGCGAGCGCGGCCGCCGCGUCCCGGCGCGUCGCUGAAUCGGUCAAUUCCGCGUCGCCCUCCCACCUACCCAUCCCCCAACCGGUGGAAGGGGGGCCAUGAAGAAGUCGUUCUGCUUCCGCGGCUCCGCUGCGAAGAGGGCAGGACGGACGCCGAUGGCGGACUGGUGCGUCUUCUGCGACAUCGCCCGCCGCGCCCCCGCUUCCACCGCCGCUCUCCUCUACUCCGAUGACAAGGUCGUCGCGUUCCAGGACAUCAAUCCGUCCGCGUUCAGCAAUAUGAGUUCAGUUCUUCUAUUGACCACCACAAGAUCCAUCAUUUAUGAUCAGCUUGUGCAUAGCAUUUCUUUUAUCUUGAAGAUCUGUGUUCGAGUAUUCUCGUUGUGCAACGUUUGCAGGCACUAUCUUGUCAUACCCAUCGAGCAUAUACCAACUGUAAAAAAUCUCCAAAGAACCAACGAAGAUCACCAGUUAGUUAGUCACAUGGUGAAGGUGGGAAAAGAUUUACUCAGUCGAGAUGCUCCCAAAUCUGAGGAACAUAGAUUUGGUUUUCAUCAGCCACCAUUUAAUAGUAUUGAUCACCUCCAUCUUCACUGCCUGGCACUGCCAUUUAUACCCAGUUGGAGGCAAGUAAAAUAUACACCAUUGGGUCCCUUAGGGGGCUUUAUUGAUGCUGAGAAGGUAUUGGAAAAAAUAAAACCAGAAACAGAAGUGUACAGUUAAUAAAAGUAUUUAAGACUGGUACUGGCUAUUCCUGAUUAUUAACGUUCUUCUACUUUUUUGCUUGUAAUAUCAUUUGUAUGUGGUUUGUAUCCCUAUUACUAUUCUUGGAUCGCUAUAAAUUCGAAAGACUUUGUCUGAAAUGCUAUACUUCAUAUCUUCAUCCUGAAA